AUGUCCACACAUAAACUGUAUAAUAUCUAAGUCUACACAUUUGCCAAGAUAGAACAAAACUACAAUACUCUCUUGGAAAUGUCUUCGCCAGAGUUGCAAACAGCCAUGGAGAAUCCAACUCUUGAGCUCAAAAUUGUAUCAGCUAGUGACAUCAACCAUACUGAUGCCACGGACAAAACGGACGUGUACGCUGUCGUUUCAAUCAACCGCGGCACGACCGAACAAAAACAAGCGGCCAAAACUCCCAUUGAUUACGACGGUGGCUCCAACCCAACGUGGAAUCACACCGUAAAGUUCUCCGUCAAUGAGAGAGAAGCCAACGAAGGCCUAUUGACUAUUACGGUCAAGCUAUUUAGCUAUUGGCUACAAGGUGAUAAUGACCUUUAUUUGGGAGAAGUCAACCUCUCGGUUCAGGAGCUUCUUGCCUCAAAUCCGAUCCCACCGUUUGCUAAAGGUAACAUCAACAAGAUGAAGUCAAUGGCUUGCCCUAUCAAAGCCACAGAAGAAAGUAUCAAAGCAACAUUAAGCCUUUCAUACCGGUUUAAACCUGUGCCGGUUGAGGAAUUUGAUCCUCCCUCACCGGAUUAUUCCCCAUCCAUUGGUAAACCCGUUUACCGGAACCUUGAUCCAGCAUCACUAGGUCAGCCUCUCGUAUUUUCCCCUCGGUUUCAAUCCUCGACGACGAAAAUGAUCCUAGAGCUCGUGAUCAACUCCGCCAAGAACAUCGAAGAUGUCAACGCCUUCUCGUCCAUGGACGUAUACGCUUCGGUUGCUAUACUUAAGGACAGAAAAGUUAAGGAUAGGAUCAAUACCCCUGUCGCCUUCUCCGCUUAUACAAACCCAAAGUGGAACCAAAUGAUUAAGUUUUCUAUUGAUGAGAAGUUAGCUCAAGAAGGGCGUUUGAUGCUCCUUGUGGAACUAAUGAGCCACCGGCCUUUCCUCGGUGAUAAGGAAAUUGGAUUUGUGAGACUUCCCAUGCAACAGUUAUUGAGCUCAAACCCACCUUAUCCCUUGACCAGUAGUGGUGAUGCUAACGGUAUGAAGUUAGAGACUCACGCUUUGACUGGUCCUUAUGGAAAAAAAGGUGUCGUGAGUUUCACGUAUAGGUUUCUUGCAGAACAAGUUACAAUCCCACCAUCAUCCACGCCACGCCAGCCAUAUAUUAUGUAUGUACCAGUCUCGCCUCAGUCAUACGCGUCAUCGGAUCAGAUUCAGGUGACCUCGAGUUACGUGGCUGUUCAACCAGGUUCUAAUUCUGGACCAAGCAACGGUUUAGUACCAAUAUAUAUGCCACCAACAUAUCAAUCACAUGGAUACCAACAAUAUUCACCAAGGAAGUCGAAAUCGCAACUGCAACUUUCACCAAAACAGUCGCAACUUCGACCACUGCGUAUGCAGCCGCUACCUAAGUAA